AUGUCACGAAACUUGCUGGAUCAAGACUUCGGGUCAGAGGAAGAAGACGAUGACUUCAAUCCCGCCCCCGCGGAUGUCUCCGAUGAUGAGGGUGCUCGACAAACGAAGGUUCGUCUGAACAAGCCGGUGGCAACGUUCAUGCUGACGCAGAGAACGCAGACUUCGAAUCGCGGACACGACGACGAUGAUGCCGACGAUGCCGACUCCAAGUCUGAGCGCGCGGGGGGUCACCGUCGGGGGAGUGAUGAUGUGAGAGAGGCAGACGACGAUGACGCCGAGGAAGGAGAACCCGCCGGUGCUCAUGAUGAAGGUGAUAAUGACGACGAAGAGGAAGGCGAGGGAGAGGAAGAAGAAAUAGACGAGGAAGAGGAAGACGAAGAUGACGAGGACGCCAACACCCGUAGAAAAAGGGGAGGUGUGCACUCCUUCUUCGAAGAGGAGGCUGGCGUUGAUGAAGAUGAGGAUGAGGCGGAAGACGACGAGGAUGAGAUGGCUGAGCUUGGCGGCGAGAUGCAUCCCGAUGACUUGGAUGUUCUUCCGGUCGGUGCGGAAACGGACGACCGUCGACAUCGACAACUCGAUCGCCAGCGUGAGCUGGAGGCUAGCAUGGAUGCUGAGAAGCAGGCACAAAUGCUUAAGGAACGCUAUGGACGGAACCGUGCUGCUGCCGCGGACGCGGUAGUCGUCCCCAAACGGUUGCUUCUUCCUAGUGUCGAGGAUCCGAGUAUCUGGGGCGUUCGUUGCAAGGCUGGAAAGGAGCGGGAGGUGGUGUUUGCGAUCCAAAAGCGUAUCGAAGAGCGGCCUCCGGGAUCUCGGAAUCCGAUUAAGAUCAUCUCGGCAUUCGAGCGUGGCGGAGCCAUGAGCGGUUACAUUUACGUCGAAGCCCGCAGGCAGGCGGAUGUAUUGGAGGCUUUGCAGGAUAUGUCCAAUGUCUACCCGCGGUCCAAGGUCAUCCUCGUCCCGGUAAGAGAGAUGCCGGACCUCCUUCGGGUUCAGAAAUCGGAGGAGUUGAUGCCGGGUGGAUGGGUCCGCAUCAAGCGUGGCAGGUACCAGGGCGAUCUGGCUCAAAUCGAAGAGGUGGAAACGAACGGUCUUGCUGUGACGGUUCGCCUGGUGCCCCGACUUGAUUAUGGGUUGAAUGAGGACACUAGUGCGCCUGUGGUCGACUCCAAGCGCAAGCGUCCUGGAAUGAAUCCCGCUGUUGCUCGGCCUCCGCAACGUCUCUUCAGUGAAUCUGAAGCCAAAAAGAAGCAUGCCAAGUAUCUAUCCGCGACAUCUAGCCUAGGUGGCAAGUCGUGGAACUACAUGGGCGACACCUAUUUCGAGGGUUUCCUGAUCAAGGAUAUGAAGGUCCAACAUCUGAUUACAAAGAAUGUCAACCCCCGGCUUGAAGAGGUUACCAUGUUUGCUCGAGGCUCGGAGGACGGCACGUCGAACCUUGACCUCGCCUCACUCGCGGAGACUCUCAAAAACCAGACCGCGGAGGAUUCAUAUCUGCCUGGUGAUCCAGUGGAAGUUUUCCGCGGUGAACAACAGGGCUUGAUUGGGCGCACAAGCUCUACUCGAGGAGAUAUUGUCACGGUACAGGUUACUGAAGGUGAUCUUGCUGGGCAGUUAAUCGAUGCUCCCGUUAAAACCCUCCGCAAGCGCUUCCGUGAAGGUGACCACGUCAAGGUUAUCGGCGGUAGCAGAUAUCAGGAUGAGUUGGGUAUGGUGGUCCAGGUAAAAGAUGACACUGUCACCCUUCUCAGUGAUAUGAGCAUGCAAGAAAUCACUGUCUUCAGCAAGGACCUUCGACUUUCUGCUGAGACUGGUGUUGAUGGAAAGCUCGGCAUGUUCGACGUUCACGAUCUCGUCCAGCUUGACGCUUCUACUGUCGCUUGUAUUGUCAAGGUGGAUCGCGAAUCCUUAAAGGUAUUAGACCAGAACGGUUCUAUUCGUACUGUUCUUCCAACCCAGGUCACCAACAAGAUCACUCCCCGUCGGGACGCCGUUGCUACUGAUCGCAACGGCGCCGAGAUCCGACACGGCGACACUGUUCGCGAGGUAUAUGGAGAACAGAGGAGUGGUGUGAUCCUUCACAUCCAUCGUUCGUUCCUAUUCCUCCACAACAAGGCUCAGGCCGAAAACUCCGGCAUUAUCGUCGUGCGGACUACCAAUGUCGUUACCGUGUCUGCGAAGGGAGGCAGAUCGACUGGUCCUGACCUGACCAAGAUGAACCCUGCUCUCAUGCGGAACGGCAUGCCUGGUGCUGGUGGUAUGGGACCCCCCAAGACCUUCGGGCGCGAUCGCAUGAUAGGGAAGACAGUCAUGGUGAGGAAGGGACCCUUUAAAGGUCUCGUUGGUAUUGUCAAGGACUCAAGCGACGCACAAGCACGUGUGGAGCUUCACUCGAAGAACAAGCUGGUGUCGAUUCCGAAGGAGAUUUUGGUCGUCAAAGACCCAGUUAGUGGAGCGACAGUGGAUUCAAGCCGCGGAAAGGGUGGAUCGCGCGUCCCCUACGGUGCUUCCUCCGGGGCUGCUUCAUCUGGAUGGCAAGGGGGCCGUACUCCAAUGGCUGCUUCUGGUUCGAGAACUCCGGCAUGGGGCAUGUCAUCUUCAGCUCGCACACCUGCCUGGGCCGGAAUGGGCGGCGCUCGCACACCCGCCUGGAAAAUGGACGGAUCACGCACGUCGAACCCCUACGACGGAAACCGCACCGCAUAUGGCGGCUUUGCAUCAGGUUCAAGGACACCAGCCUGGAACGCUGGCGCUCGAACGCCGUACGAUUCUGGCGCAGGAUCCAGCGGCUUCGACGCCUUUGCGGCGGGCUCCCGAACUCCAGCAUGGCAUGCGUCCGGCGGCCGUACUCCAGCUUGGUCCGCGGGUGCCACCGCAAGUAACGGCAGCAAGGACCCCGGCGACUACGAUGCCCCGACCCCUGGCGGGAACUACUCGGCGCCCACCCCUGGCGCAUACGCCAGUGCCCCAACUCCUGGUAUGUCGGCGCCCACACCGGGAGCCUGGCCUGACAGUGCCCCGACUCCCGGAGCAUUCAACGCGCCCACGCCCGGUGGACCGUCGAAGCGCGCGUACGACGCCCCGACCCCCGCCGCCUGGGAUAGUGGCAGUCGGCCCUACGAUGCGCCUACCCCGGCAAUGGGCGGUGCUGCAGCUACGCCAGGCGCGGGGUACGGCGACGGCGAUGACGGUGGACCACGCUACGAAGAAGGAACGCCUAGUCCCUAG